GUCUCGCGUACUCUAGCACAAAGCGCAUUUUGAUAGCAUAGGCACUCGACAUAAUAUUCCUACUGACUGGGAUUAUCGUCACUUCUUACUGUAUGAACUUAUUCUGACUUUCUUCAUUAGAAAUAGUUGGUAAAGAACUUUCAUUCGUGGACAGUGCAUUUUGGAGAAAUGGAUGGAUAACUCAAAUUCUGAAGCUGAAAUUGAGUGAUGCGAUUGAAAAAGACUGAGCAUUCAAUUCGGAGCCGAAGUGGUUACAUUAUUUUUUUAUGCUGGUGAAAGCUCGUAGAGCUUUGAUAUCAAUAUAUCUUUCAGAGGGUAUUUGGCUCUUGACAUUUUCUAACCAAGACCAUUCAUAUCACUUAAUUGCACAGUCACUAUUCGAUUAAAGACAAGGGCGAAAAUACAAACUGUCAUGGACGAAGCAACCCUCGCUGCGGAGUUGUUAGCAGACAAAUUCAACGUGCAACACCAGAACCAGAUUUACCAUCUUUCAAAUACUGAGCAAUCACAGUCUCCAAUUACCACCACAGCUGCCUCAAUCUACUCCCAUGUUGCAAGCGAAGGUUUCCCUCAGGCAACUAAUACCAAUGCAGUAGCAAAUAAUCCGGCAGACACCCCCAAUGAACCUGUUCAGGCGUAUGCCAAGCUAGAGGGUGAAUCUUUUUGCUAUUAUAUCAGGACUUUGCAGGUAACAUUCGGACGAAAAGCCAGCUCUUCCGACCAUGUCGACAUUCAUCUCGGUCCAACAAAGGCUAUUUCGCGGCAGCACGCUCGGCUUUUUUACAAUUUCACAACACAGCGCUUUGAACUGAUGGUUUUUGGAAAAAACGGUGCAUUCGUUAAUGACCAAUUUGUCGAAAAAGGGGUGACAGUUCCAUUAGAGAAUAGGACGAAGAUUCAAAUUGGCGAGGUUUCCUUUUCAUUUUUGUUACCGAAGCUUGAUACAGACGAAACGUCUCAUGAGGCAUCGCAUGGACAAACUUAUUCACGUCGAGAUAGUAGCUCAGAUAAUGGUGUUGAUCAGAAUGUGCAUAGCGCACAUAGUAUGGGUGUCAAAACAACUACGACAUCAUCGUCUACAACGAAUGAGACAUCUGGGGCUUCAAACGAACAGUUUGACUCCUCUGAAUAUUCAUCUAAGGACACCAAACCGCCAUUCUCGUACGCAUCCUUGAUUGCACAAGCCAUCAACUCAACUCCUUCCAGGAAACUGACAUUGAAUGGGAUUUAUCAGCACAUCACCAACCACUACCCAUAUUAUCAGUUAGCACAGAACGGCUGGCAGAAUUCGAUCCGACACAAUUUGUCAUUAAACAAAGCAUUUGUUAAGGUACCUCGUUCAGAUAGCGAGCCGGGCAAAGGAGCAUUUUGGACUAUUGACCAGAGUUGUGAAAGUCAGUUUACAAAUGGUGUGUACAAGCGGAGUCGACGACCCAUGUCCACCAAGUCUGGCGGCUCACGAAUCAGAUCCGACUCCGAAUCGCCUAUGGAGGUGACAGAUAAGCCUAGGAAACGUAUCAAUACCGGCACUGAAGCUGGCCUUCAGACCAGUUCGCAACCGCCGUUACAGGAGACACCUAAACAACAGACUUCCGCACCAGCACAGCAACAGUCUGCUACAUUAAAUGUUCAGGGUGCAGCAGCAUCAAAGGCUGCCGCGAGUACGUCAUCGCUCAAUAUCGUCAGUCCACCGUUGGAAGCACCAGGGCUGACGGCUCAAACACUGACUGCACUCGCUCAGACCAUAACGGCUGCGGCACGGGAGAACAAUCAAACCGCAUUAGCAUCUGCAUUGAUUGCAGCCGCUAAUGCUAGUGGGAUCCCUGGAGGAUUGGCAGCGUCUUUGCCUGCAACUGCGCGGGCUUUAUAUGCCCAUCUCCAACAGCAACAGCUACUUCAGCAGCAACAACAAAAGCAGCAACAGUGCCCUGCAUCACAAUCACAAAUUCCAGGGCAGCCGUCUCAGCAACAGGCAUUGCACUCAACAUCAGCCACAACUACAUCAAGCAUAUCGCUGUCUGUAGCGUCACCAUCCGAUAUGAGCCAGAUAUCCUCAAACCUCCUUGCUGCCACGACUGCUCCUCCUGUAGCUCAAUCAACCAUUUUGGUUUCAGAGACGCCUUCUGAAUCAAUGAUUAGUCCAACAUCAAUUACAGCAAACCUGCCUAUACCCACUCCGACAGCAUCUGUUCAGAAUACCCCUUCACUUAUGAUUUCUUCAGUAUCCAAUGACGCUGUGAGUGACCCACCGUCGCUUGCUGAUUCAUCCAUGCCGCCCCUAGAUCAGACAAACACUUCUGCCGUGAAUACAUCGGUACAGCAGUCCCCAAUAGCACAGCUGGUAGCGGUGGCGCAAGCACAAGCACGUGCUCAGGCAUUGGUACGGCAGAAGCAAACUAAAUCUCAAGACUCAACGAUAACAAUACAAGAGCAAGCCAGCACAGCCAUCAUUUCUGAUAUUGAUGUACCUGAAGUUCAGUCAAAAAAGGAAUCAAAAGAAGACCCUUCCAACAAAUCUGUAUCACAAUCACCUGAAUCAUUAAAACCUGAUAUUUAGCAUCGAUCAUUUAAUAGCAACGUGGUCUUCACCCUAUUUUCUAAUAAAGAAGACAAUCUUGG